GUAGCAACAAAUCCCAUUAUAUGUACAACUAUAUAUAGAACCAAUUAAAAAAAAUGAAGAUAAAAAUCUGUCUCAAAAUUGAUAAAGGAGAGUCACGUGUCAGCCGGAAAUGGCUGGGCCAGGAGUAGCAGAGUAAAGGUUGUGGCUUAAGCCCCGGCGUGUUGGAGGAAGAACUGGAGAGUCACCCGCUGCUGCUGGGAGGAGAGCAACAGGGUCAAGAUGGAAAACCAUAAACCACAUAAUACCAUCAGGGAAAACUCAAUUUUUGAUAUCAUAGCCAGAAAAAUUGAACUACUACCAGAAGCAGAAAGGAAUCUACUUGAACACGGAUCCACAUAUGUUGGACUCAAUGCUGCUUUCUGUGGCCUAAUAGCAAACAGUCUUUUUUGGCGCAUCUUACAUGUGACACAGGCCCGAAUAGCUGCUGGUUUACCAAUGGCAGUGCUCCCAUUUCUGACAGCAAAUGCAUCUUUCAAAGGUUUUGUAAAUUUACCUUUGAGUACAGGUGAACUGCAUUGUGAAACCUGUAUCGUGACAUGGAGUGGACUUAUUGGUUUUGUUUUAGGAGGACUGUACCCUGUUUUCUUGGCUAUACCUGUAAAUGGUGGCCUAGCAGCCAGGUAUCAAUCAGCUCUGCUACCAGAGAAAGGAAACACCUUAACUUACAGGAUUAGAAUUUCUAAGCCUAUCUUCAGAAGGAUGUUAUUUCCCAUUUUACUUCAGACUAUGUUUGCAGCAUACCUUGGGCCUAGACAAUAUAAAGUACUUAUAAAGGCCCUUCAGUUACCUGAACCUGGCCUAGAAAUUCACUGAUUUUAAGCAAAUGUGUAUACAAAAAUAAAAUUAUAAAGACAACCUGUAACUCUAAUGUUAAAAAUAAACAGACUUAUAAUUUAAAAAAAAAAAUUGAUAAAGGACUGAGGCUAUAGCUUGGUAGAGCACCCCUGUGUUCAGUCCUCAGUACAGAAGAAAUUCAGACAGAGAAAUUAUCAUAUGACCCAACACUUCCAUUUCUACAUAAAUAUCCAACAGAAUUGAAAACACAUCCACAGAAAAAGUUGUUUAUAUGAAUGUUGAUAAUAGCCAAAAAGAGAAACACAGUAUCAUUUACUAUAGCCAAAAAAAUAGAAAAAAAAAACAAAAAACAAAAAAACCCUUUGUCCAA